GGGUGAUAGGUCAAAUCUCGGGUCAGCGAAGCAAUCUCGAGGGACACGAGAUUUAAAACAUGGCAGCCUUCGGUGUACACUUUGGGAAUUCGUCAGCUUGUUUGGCCGUUUUUAAGGAUGGAAAGACAGAUGUGGUGGCUAAUGAUUUGGGGGACAGGACAACACCUGCUAUGGUGGCUUACACAGAAUUAGAACAGGCAGUAGGCAUGGCUGCCAAACAGGCCUAUAUUAGGAAUGCCCAAAACACAGUCCCAUGUGUGAAAAAGAUUCUUGGUCGUGCCAUGGAUGAUCCGGAAGUACAGUCUUACAAAGAAACUUACGCAGUCAAGGUAGUACCACAUAAAGGGGAGCCCCAUUUCCAAGUGGAAUUCAAAGAAAAGACAACUCUGAUAAGUCCAGGCACUGUAGCAGAGGCAGUGUUCAAAACAAUGAUGGGUAUUGCCAAAAGUCACGGGGAUGGUGACAUUCAUGACUCUGUGUUAACUGUGCCUACAGACUUUACAGAGGAGCAAAUUUCAGCCAUCAGUGAUGCUGCAGCGUCGAGUGGCUUCAAUAUUCUACGAUUGAUUAAGGAACCCUUGGCAGCUCUAAUGGCAUACGACAUCGGGCAGGUAGACAACAAAGCAGAAAGCUAUACAUUGGUGUUCCGCCUUGGUGGAGAAUCAAGCAGUGUCUCUGUAGUAAAGGUGUCCAAUGGUCUGUAUCGGAUCUUGGGCUCUGUCAAUAGUAAACAGCUCUCAGGGUCAAAGUUCACCAAGGCCUUGGCAGACCACUUAGCAGCAGAAUUUUUCAGACAAUACAAACUUGAUGUGAAGGAGAGUCGGCGGUCAGUGAGUAAACUCAAUGUGGCAGCCGAGCGCUGUAAACACACAUUGUCCAACCUUGGUAACGCUUCCUGUGCGGUUGACUCCCUGUUUGAGGGUGUGGAUUUUCACAACAGUGUAUCCAGGGCACGGUUAGAGAACCAGGUUGGGUUUCUGAUGCAGCAGUGUACAAGCCUUAUAGACGCAGCCUGUGGUGAGGCAGAGAUAUCCACAGACAAAAUUGACAAGGUUAUAGUUUGUGGAGGUGGGGCAAAAAUGCCUCUGGUUCAGAAAACCAUCCAAGACUAUAUCAAAAGUGCAGAGGUUCUAAGUUCCAUCCCUCCAGACGAGGUGAUAGCAAUUGGCUCAGCCAAACAGGCUGGUAUUCUCACAGGAUGUGACACCGCAGAGAUUAAAGAGAACACAGGAGAUAAUGAAAUUGAAUGCUUGUCUAAAGCUGUGUGUUUACGGUCUAGCAGUGAUGGUGAGACGAAACUGGUGUCUGUGUUCCCAUCCCUUACUCCUUUACCGUCCCGUAAACACGAGACUGUCGUGUUGGGAGAACAUCAGACUUCCCUACAGAUGGAUCUGUGUGAAUGUGAUGACCUUCAGCAACCCGACACUGCAGCUGACCUUGCCAAGCUUGUGAUGAGAGACUUACCAGAAGCAGCAAAAGUUUUAGUAACCUUCCACUUAAGAAGAGAGGGCUCCCUCCACGUAACCUGCAGGGAGGAGAAAUCCAACAAGACCGAGUCUGUUGUGGUGGAGGUAUGCAGCUGAUGACUGGAGGCAGUAGGACCUAAUAUCAUUACACAGGAAAAUCAGGACUUGACCAGAUAUAUGCAGCAGAACUUGGCUUCUGUGUCCAGUACAGAACGUGAACUUGGCUUCUGUGUCCAGUACAGAAAGUGACUGUUCUUCUUAAUUUGUAUAAAACAUCAGCUGCAGUAUAAUAAUCUGGUAGUGUGAUUUGCUACAGAUCUUGACUACUUUGCUCAGUUUACCGAUCAAAUCUGUAUGAUGUAUUAAAUAGAAUGGAACUGCCCUGCUCAGUACAAAACAUGGUGCUGUACAAUAGUCUGAUCAUGUAAUUAACCACAGAACUUGGCUGCUACAUUAUCAUCAGUGCAGAUGUGACUUUUGACAUUUGUUAAACAUCAUAUUAGCUGAGGUGAAGUUGAGAUUAUCAAGUGUGACCAGUUACCAUGACAACUGUUUUGUCUCAUAAACAGCAAUGAUCAAGUCCAAAACUUUUGACUGGAAGUUAUUUGCAUGCAUUGUCACUUAUGAGCCGAGUAUUCUCUUUCACAUGAGCUGUGUCAUGAAAAUAAUACAAUUAAGUAAAAGGUGAGGUAGGGGAUUUCUGAAUCAGUAAUAAACAUAUUGCUCCAUUCAAUGAUAAAGUUGUUCUAUUAGAUUAUUGCAUUAGGAUUAUUUUUAUAAUUAUUAACAAUGACAGAAUUAUCAGAAUAUGACUGAAGUUUGGCCCUUGGUAAUACAUGUAUAUUACUCUCUAUUUCCCAUAUUUUCUAUUUAAGAGAGAAGAAGGGUUGGAGAUCCCAGCUUUUCUUAGAAAUAUGUCUAAGAAAAUCUUAUGCUUCUGAUACAGAAAACACAUUUCUUUAUUUAAUUGUUACCUCUUAUGACAUCCCUAGUUAUUGUACUGGAGAUAAUUGCUAUUUUGGUCUUUUUGAAAAAUAUAUAUAUAUAUAAGAUAUUUCUUUUAAAAACCAUCUCCUUAAAACAAUCUAGAGUUAAUGUGAAUCUCCUGUACUUUAUAAUUCAGAGACCAUUGUGACUACUGAAUAUGUAUCUUAGAUUUUAUAAAAGGUUGAAUAUAUACUAUGUCAAGAUUGUCUUAUUGAACAAUUAUGUCCCCAAUAAAAAGUUCAUGUCUUGUG